AAAGAAAAAGAAAAUCGAGGAGCUUCGGGUAAGAAGUUAGAAUUACGAGGGGUUAGUUGUUAAAUUAAAAAGCUUGAGAGGUCGAAGCGAAUUAAUGAACAAUGGUAAAAACCCAAGUAUAACCUGCCGCCGCCGCACGCCUCCGUUCCGCCAACCUUAUUCCGUUUUAUUACGCGGCCACCGUACUCAAGGUCAAGCUGAGAAAGAGAGAGAGUGUGUCCGGCGAAGGUGGGAAUCCGCAGCGUCUGCCCAUUUGAUCAAACUGAUAUGAUUGGAUUGCUGAGAUAAGAGAGCAGAAAAGAGCAAGAAUGGUAUUAUCAAACAAGAAGCUGAAGGAGAAGCUACGAUCUGCUAAAGCUGUAAUAGUCACAGUCUCGGGAGCUCAGAAUAACUUCACCGACAAAACUAAUGAGAAAUCCCAGGCCUUUGCUUCUAAAGCAUCGGAUUCCUUGAGGGCUAUCCAGAAUCUAGAGGCACAAAUGUCCAGAUCUAAAAGAGAAAAACCUAAAAGAGUAAAACAAAAGCGAAAGGCGUUGACUGAGAAUAAAGACAUUAUUAAAAAUGGAGAAAUAAGCGGUGAUGUGGAAGUAAAGCUACAAAAUGGGCUGAACUCAGAUACUAUGCAGGAGAAGAAGAAGAUGAAGAAAAGGAAGAAUGAUGAAAGUGAGGCAUCAGAGAACGUGAAAAAGAAAAGGAAGAAGAAGAGAGAUGAAAGUGAGACAUUAGAGAAUGUGAAGAAGAAGGGAGAUGAAAGUGAGGCAUCAGAGAAUGUGAAGAAGAAGAAAAGCAACAAGAAAAAGAAAAGGCCACGACAGUGGUGGAUGAUAAAGAAGAGAAACAAUGACAAUAAAAAAACCGAGGAGGCAGAAAAUGGGGCUGUCAACGAAGGAAACCAGAAUGAGAGUAGAUCUACUGCAGAACAACUUGUGGCAAAUGCUGAUGUGAGUAUUGCUAGUAGGAAAAAUAUAGAGACUUCUCAAAAAGUGUAUGUUGGAGGCAUUCCAUACUACUCCAAUGAGGAUGAUAUUAGAAGUUACUUUGAAGGUUGUGGAACCAUUACUUGCAUUGAUUGUAUGACAUUUCCAGACACUGGGAAGUUCAGAGGAAUAGCAAUUAUCACUUUCAAGACUGAAGCGGCAGCUAAAAGGGCAUUGGCACUUGAUGGUUCCGACAUGGGUGGUUUUUUCCUUAAGAUCCAGCCUUUCAAGCCAGCUAGAGAAAAUAAGUUACCCAAUUUUGCACCAUCAGUUGCGGAGGGCUACAAUAGGAUAUAUGUUGGUAAUUUGUCGUGGGAUAUAACUGAGGAUGAUUUGAAGAAUACUCUUGCUGGCUGCACAAUCAAAUCUAUUCGGUUUGGUGAAGACAAAGAGACGGGGGAGUUCAAGGGAUAUGCCCAUGUGGAUUUCGCUGAUAGCCAAUCUCUGAAAACAGCUUUGAAAUUGGAUCAAACAGUAGUCUGUGGGAGGCCUAUUAGAAUAAGCUGUGCUGUGCUCAAGAAAGCUACUGCUUCUGAGUCGAAACCAAUGCUAAAAGAUAAUCAAGUCGACCCUGGCAAGGAGGUAACUGCUGCCACUUUGAAGGCGCCACCAAAAGAGUAUCAAGUCAAGGUGGUAGCUGCUGAAGACUAUCAAGCCGGCAGUUAUAAUGUUAGUGUAGCAGUCGAAAAUCAAGUUACUAGCAGCGUGACAAAUGCUGUUAGUUCAAAGAUACGGAGGCGUACAUGUUAUGAAUGUGGAGAACGAGGCCAUCUUUCAUCAUCUUGCCCGAAGAAACAAGCUGCUGAUCCUACAAAUCCAGGUACAACAUAGUCGAAUACAACAUCUUUGUAUGUUUUCUUUUUUAGGAGAGAAAAAAGUGAGGAUGCUUCUAUAUUUAUACAUUUGAAUAUUGAGAAUGAAAUGACAAUGAGAGGGAAGCUAGUGCUUCUUUCAUUUUUGCUCCCA